UUUUCUUGCAGUUAUAAAAGGAAAGUAAGAUUGAGAAGGAAUCAUGGCUUGUGAUUAUACUCCUACCAAACCACGUGGACCUAUUGCAGCAUCCUUUGCUGGUCCUGGACCAAAUGUACUCCUUCCUACCAACAUUGGGCAAGGAACAGCCAUCACAAAACGACAGAUGCCCAUUUAUUCCUUUGGUAUCCGACACAAGCGUUACACCACAGACUGCAGUCCAGGUCCAUGCCACAAUUACCCUUCUAAAGUCACCAGGAGAGGAAAUGAUGGUACUCCACACUAUUCCCUGUAUUGCCGUCCAAAGGAAAUAACCACUUUCAGGACACCAGGCCCAGGAGCAUACUCCCCUGAAAAGGCUGGACCUAGUGCUCACUUUAAAGCUGCUGCAUACAGCCUUAGACCAAGAACAAAAGGAGUCAAGUGUGACAAAUCCCCAGCUCCUAAUUGCUACACCCUACCGCUUAUUCUUGGGGGUUACUCCUGUGUUAAGCCUUCUGGACCUAGAUACUCACUCAGAUCUCGACCCAAUGUGGGAAGCUUUGCUGAAGAUAUUGCGAAGACCCCAGGACCCGGAUCACAUAGUAUUGUAGACCCAUCCAUCUACAAGCACAAGUCUCCUAGCUAUUCAAUGAUUGGAAGAAACCAGAUGCCAUGUGAUAGUACACGUAAACCAGGCCCCGGAGCGCACAGUCCAGAAAAGGUUACUGUCACAAAGAAGUCAGCUCCAAAGUCCUCUUUCGGUAUUCGUCAUUCAGAAUACAUUACUCCUCUCAUCGAACAGACUUGCGAUUAAAUUAUUCUACUACUACAACCAACAUUCAUAUUCAUUGAUAAAAUUGAACAUUGCCAUGUAAAGUGAAUGCAGCAGAGUCUUUCUUCAUUUGAAAAAAGAGAUUUUUUUAAACACAAAAUGAAAAUUCAAGUCAUCUAAAUCAACUAACCAGAUGUCAUCUUUUACAUCAGCAACAACACACAAACCCAGGCGAAUUGGAUUUUUAAAUAUUGUGUAGAUCAACAUUGUGCCAUUGUUAUUCUUUUGAUAGACAAAAAGAGAGAGAGAGAUGAAGCAUUUUCUGGUCUAAUAUCAAUAUAUUUUCUGCUUCAUGGUAUAUUAUGAUGAAUUUGUGUACUGUAAAGAAAACUUUAUUUGGAAUCUAAGGUUAUGCAAAUCAGUAAAAUCAUGUUAUUUUUUAUGAUGAAAGGAUAGAGCCUAAGCUUUGGUUAAUGUUUUCUUCAUACCAUCUAUUUUGUUGGAAUUACGUGGUAUAUGCUGCUUUUCAUUAAAUAUGCAAACUUAUGAACGUAUCGAAUGCCUCAUCUGUGAAACAGAAUAUUUAUAUACCGGUAUGUGUACACAUGAAAUUUCUUUUCUUUGCAUACAUAAGAUGGUAAAAGUCUUCCUUUUUCAUUAAUAUUCAAAACGUUUAACUGUAGCCUAUAGGUAUGCUUCAUAGAAUACUAGAUUCAAUAUGCAAUUAUACCAUAUUGAGGCAGGCCUCAUACCCCCCUUCCUCAACAAACUAUCAAGUCUUUCAUAUGUCACUAUCCGAGCCAUUUGAACUUGCUGCUUGCAGUUGAAGAGUCUUCUUUCUACUAUUGCAUGCCUUUAUUGAUGAAUUCUGCAUAAAUCUCACUUUAGUAAUAAACACUGCCAGGGAAGUUUGGAUAAUGUCGAGACAUUUCUGGCUUGCAUCCACUGAAGUAAAAGCAUAUGAAUUAUGAAUAUAAACUUAUCAGUUUGAACAUGCGAUCUAUUUCACAGGGUGUAAGCCAUAUUAAUUUUGUUUUUUGCUAUUAACAUACAUGCACCAAUAUGAGGUCGUUCCAUCAUGAAUACAUAGAUUGAUGUUAAUCCAUUAGUACAUUUCAUUCCUCAUGAUGUCAUAAUUACUUCAGGGGGGUGUUUCACAAAGAUUUAAGUGUGACUUAACUCGCACUUAAAUACUGAUGCGCACAAGAUAUGCAACGCGCACUCUUAUUGAUCAAUACGUAGUAGUGCGCGUCCUCUUCGCAUGAUCUGACCAAUGCGGUCAUGCUUUUUAUACCGCGCGCAAAUAGACAUUUCAGUGCGACUCUAAGUCAUACUUAAAUCUUUGUGAAACACCCCCCUGGUUUUGAUAGUACUGUAUUUCGUCCAGAAAUCAGGGAUCCUUUUCAUGAAAGCACAAUUAUAACUCGAGCAUGACACCAUCACUAUGGAAAGCCAAGCUGUACAAUAAUCAUCUGUCAACAGACAUUCAUUCGAUGUGCAUAUUCCUUGCAUCUGCAAUUUGUCAAAUCAGGGCUCCGUAACACAAAGGUUUGCAUUCGAUCGCUAAAUACCAAGGACUAAUCAAGAUCUUUGUUGCACGAGCACGGUAUAUAAAAAAAACCAACCGGGAGCCAAUCAGUGCGGUUCUUUCAUAUUUGCAAUUCAUCGCAAGCCUUUGUGUCACAGAGCCCUGCUUAUUGUCCAUGCAGCUUGGCUUUCCAUAUAGAUGGCGUUGAGCUGACACUUUCAUGAAAUGGUCUUCCAGUAUUAUGAGUGUUAUUGGUUGAUUAUACUUUUCAUGCUUUAGAAUUGGUGCUCUCAAUCAAAGAUAUAAAAGAUAAAUCACUGUUUGAUUCCAAUCAUCCUCAAGUUCUUGAUCAUCACUGCUUGAAAGAACACACAUAGGCCCACAGUGUGACCCACUAUGUGUUCACAGUGUGUUCACAAUGUGAAAUCAACUUUACACUGUUAAAGUACUAACAUUGAACAAUGUGUGUAUUCAUGAUCUCAACUUUGUGAACACACUGUAGGCACUUCCACUGUAGAGGUGUUCAGUGUAUAUUACAUUUUCACACUUCAUCACUGUGAACACUUUGUGAACACAUAACACUCCGUGAACACAAUGUGAAUACACUGAACACUCCUUGAACCCUCUGUUUACACACUGCAACACUGAACAGUCUGUGAACACACUGUUAACACUCUGUGAACACAAUGUGAACACUCCGUCAACACACUGUGAACCCUGUGAACACUCAUCAAAGAAUCGGGUAAUCAUGUACGAUAAUUGAUAUUAUCUGUAACUUGCCAAAAGAGAAGUAAAAAACAAAUAUUCAUUUAUCAAGAAAUUGUUGCAAUAUGCACAAUCUUGCCAUGGAAUUUGAAAUGCAUGUGUAUGGAUGCUAUAAGUAAUAUAUCUUGCCUUGAAAUUGAAAAAAGUACAAAAAUGUAGAUAAUAUAAUGUGCUUGUAUUUGUGCUGUCUAAUUUGUAGUCCAUUAAAAUCUAACUUGCCCAUUAAAUUUUUCAUUCACUAGUGGCUAACAUUAUGAUCGAUGUAAACAUUCGUUGAUGCAAACAAAAGUAGCAAAAUAUGAUUAUCAAAACAAUGAUUGCAUACAAAUUUUGGCAAUGAAAUCUAAAAUUAAAUUGUGACAUUUUUCUUUUGAUAAUUGUAGAA